AUGUCUGCAGCAAGAGCCGACAGCCCCAUGCAGGAGGAGCCCGGAAGCCAUGAAGCAGCACUGCUCCGCGAGCUCACGCGCGUAUACGAGUCCUUCAGCACACGGAUCUCCGAAGCUCGCGCCAUCAUCGAAAACGGAAUCCGCGUUAACGGCCGGCGGCCUGCGGUGCAAGCCGCGGCUCAAGAGCUGGAGCGAAGCAUGCUUGCUGCUCGUCGAGAGAUCAAUACUGCGCUUCCGACGGUGAUGAAUAUCGCCAGAGGCCUACGAGCGGGAGAUGAACAAGAUUGCGGUGUUGUGGAGAAUGGUGUAUUACAGACUGCGCAGCAGGAGGAGGAUGCGUGUAGCGUCUGGAGUGACGGUAGCGUCGACUCGGUACUGCGUGGUUCAACCAGGUCAAACAGUCCUGUCGACAUUUGGAUGAGCGAUGCGAGGGUGGAUGGAGAGGGGAAUCACGCGAUUGGAGGGUUUCCCUACGAGCGGUUCGACGAUGGGGAGGACGUGAACCGCCCUACCGGAGGCCGGGAAAGCAUUGGCGAUGAGGGAGAGGGUUAUCGUUCCGCUGCUGCUCGGAAUGGCGAAGACCGGGGGACUAUCGCUGAUGGAGCGGAUUCUCCCGAGCAAUAG